GUCUGUCUAUGAUGGUGAGGAACAUGGACGAUUCAUGGAGAAGUUAGAAACUCGCAUCCGCAAUCAUGACCGAGAAAUUGAGAAAAUGUGCAACUUUCACUACCAGGGCUUUGUAGACUCAAUUACUGAACUGCUGAAAGUACGGGGGGAAGCCCAGAAACUCAAAAACCAAGUGACGGAUACUAAUAGAAAACUGCAGCAUGAGGGCAAGGAACUGGUAAUAGCAAUGGAAGAGCUGAAGCAGUGUCGGCUACAACAGAGAAAUAUUUCUGCCACUGUUGAUAAGUUAAUGCUGUGUCUUCCAGUCCUAGAGAUGUACAGCAAACUGAGGGACCAGAUGAAAACCAAAAGGCACUAUCCUGCACUGAAGACUCUGGAGCAUCUGGAACACACCUAUCUGCCUCAAGUGAGCCACUAUCGAUUCUGCAAGGUGAUGGUGGACAACAUCCCCAAGCUUCGGGAGGAGAUAAAGGAUGUUUCUAUGUCUGAUCUCAAAGAUUUUCUGGAGAGCAUCCGCAAGCAUUCAGACAAAAUUGGAGAGACUGCCAUGAAGCAAGAUGAGUACAUGUCCUUACCUGCGGAGCCAUUUCUUCAGUCCCAGUUCAAGUAUCUUAAGGCCCAACAGCAAAGAAACCUGGAUAACAUUGUCUUGCAACAGCCUAGAAUAGGUAGCAAGAGAAAAUCUAAGAAAGAUGUUUAUACAAUCUUUGAUGCAGAGAUGGAGAGCACAAGCCCAAAGUCUGAACAGGACUCAGGAAUUCUGGAUGUUGAAGAUGAGGAAGAUGAUGAAGAGGUACCUGGGGCUCAAGACUUGGUGGAUUUCUCUCCUGUAUAUCGGUGUCUGCACAUAUAUUCUGUUCUGGGUGCCCGAGAAACGUUUGAAAAUUACUACCGAAAACAGAGGCGAAAACAGGCUCGUUUGGUUCUCCAGCCUCCCUCAAACAUGCAUGAAACUUUAGAUGGCUACAGGAAGUAUUUCAAUCAAAUUGUAGGCUUUUUUGUUGUUGAAGAUCACAUUUUGCAUACAACCCAGGGCUUAGUAAAUAGAGCCUACAUUGAUGAACUGUGGGAAAUGGCACUUUCAAAGACCAUCGCAGCUUUGCGCACCCACUCGUCCUACUGUUCUGAUCCAAACCUUGUAUUAGAUUUGAAGAACCUCAUUGUACUCUUUGCUGACACACUUCAGGUGUAUGGUUUUCCUGUAAAUCAACUUUUUGAUAUGCUUUUGGAAAUCAGAGACCAGUAUAGUGAGACUCUGUUGAAGAAAUGGGCAGGGGUUUUCAGAAACAUACUUGAUUCUGACAAUUACAGUCCCAUACCAGUAACGAGUGAAGAGACAUAUAAAAAGGUUGUAGGACAAUUCCCAUUUCAAGAUAUAGAACUGGAAAAGCAGCCAUUUCCCAAAAAGUUUCCUUUCUCUGAAUUUGUGCCAAAAGUUUACAACCAGAUUAAAGAAUUUAUCUACGCCUGCCUGAAGUUUUCAGAAGAUCUUCAUCUAAGCUCCACUGAAGUUGAUGACAUGAUCCGUAAGUCUACAAACCUGUUGCUGACCAGGACUCUGAGCAACUCUCUGCAGAAUGUCAUUAAGAGAAAGAACAUUGGCCUUACUGAGCUUGUCCAGAUUAUCAUCAAUACAACACACUUGGAGAAGUCCUGUAAAUACCUGGAGGAAUUCAUCACCAAUAUCACUAAUGUACUUCCUGAGACGGUCCACACCACCAAGCUCUAUGGUACCACAACUUUCAAGGAUGCUAGACAUGCAGCUGAAGAAGAGAUAUAUACAAACUUAAACCAGAAGAUUGACCAGUUUCUACAGCUGGCUGACUACGACUGGAUGACAGGAGACUUAGACAACAAAGCUAGUGAUUACCUAGUCGACCUCAUUGCCUUCCUUCGGAGCACAUUUGCUGUAUUCACACACCUUCCUGGAAAGGUGGCCCAGACAGCCUGUAUGUCAGCUUGCAAGCAUUUAGCCACAUCCUUGAUGCAGCUAUUGUUGGAAGCAGAAGUAAGACAACUCACUUUGGGAGCAUUACAGCAGUUUAACCUGGAUGUCAGAGAAUGUGAACAGUUUGCCAGAUCCGGCCCGGUGCCUGGGUUCCAGGAGGACACGCUGCAGUUGGCCUUCAUCGACUUGAGACAACUAUUGGACCUCUUCAUUCAAUGGGAUUGGUCCACAUACCUUGCUGACUAUGGACAACCCAACUGCAAGUACCUCCGGGUGAACCCUGUGACUGCUCUGACCCUGCUUGAGAAGAUGAAAGAUACUAGCCGCAAGAAUAACAUGUUUGCACAGUUCCGGAAAAACGAGCGUGACAAGCAGAAAUUGAUUGACACUGUGGCCAAGCAGCUCCGAGGACUCAUCAGCAGCCACCAUUCCUGAAUGUCGGCCUUGGGCCCACAAAGGACAUUUGCCGUAGCCCAUGGUCCAGGAUCUCCCCUGGACUGGCCCUGCAUUUGUGCAUUCUUCCUCAAAGAGAGCAUAUGUAUUUUUUUAUUAACCCCUGUACAGUAUUCACAUAACCUUUCCCUAUAGUAAGAGAGGCACAAGAAUAAUCGAGAACAUGAGGGGCUUAGGGGAAGUUACUGCCAUUCUUUCUGUGCUAUCCUGGGAAGGAUGCACUGUCAGUGCUAACAUGAUGAGCUGUGGGGUCCUAUCCAAGGCCCCACAAAUUCAGUGGGUACCUAGUACUGGGAGUUGAAAUGAGGAAGUAAAAGGAUCAUAAUAUGUAUCCUAUUUGCUCUCAAGUACUCGCUUAAGUGCAUAGGAGAGCCUGGCAGACAUACCUAUGUACUAUACCAAAGCCAGCCUUAGUUUAGGAUAUCCAUCUGCCUCAUUGGCUGACUUAUUGGCUCAUAAGUGUGUGUCGUGUGGCAAAAUGACAGUUUCACUUUGGACCCCAUAGGUGGCAGUUUCAUUAAUAUAGUCUAACCCAGCCUUGUGGCUGGAGAGAGGUAGUUAGCUGAGUAAACUCUUGGGCCCAUGAUGAAAAGCAAGUUGCCCUACUGGGUGAAUUGAUUUUCUGGAUUUUGAAAGCCAGUUUGGGUCCCCAAGGACCCCAGCCCCCUCUCCAUUUAUCUCUGUCCCUUCUUUCAUGACUUGGUUCAUAACAUAGAUCAGCAGUUGCUUCUGAAGGUCCCAGAGUAAGAGGCUCACACUUGCCUCCUGCAGCAGCUUCUCUAAAUGGUCAGAACCCCUAAAGCCUGAAAACAGCCUGGGUGCCUUCACCUUAGAGCCUGAUGACUUCUUGAGAUUGCUCAUUCAUGUUUAAACAACAACCUCUGGCUACUGUCUUUAAAGAAAAUGUCCCAAGUUCUACACUGUGAGCACAGCCUUCACAGGACUAGAUGCUCUGGGCAUGGAUCUAUCACCAUAAGGUAGACAGUGUCAGCUAUGACUAAUGACUUGUUGCCUGUGGCCCAGCUAUCAUCAACUAAGUCACAUUAUGGAAACAAAGCUUGUCUUGCUCAAGCCCAGGCCUCCCAUCUUCUGAGCUGUCCCUUGACCUCACCAGAGAGUUCUUCCUAGAGUCCUAUCUUUGACCUCUGGAGCCUGGGCCAGCUAGAUAGACUCCUAGACAAUGCAAGGGCUUUACUGUGAUGUUGAUCAGAGGGGUCUACGCACUCAGACAAAUAUGGAAGCUGUUAGACUGCUGGUAAGAGUAUAGUUGCAUCAUGGAACACUAACCCAGAUUCCCAAAGUGUUUCCAGCUUCAGUGAUGAGCAGAGAGACUGGCCAAACAAUCUUCCAUUGCCUUUGUCACCUACCAUGUGCUUCUGGGACAGCACUACUUCUGUAUCUCCCAGGUCACCAUAGUCCACCCCAUCUUGAGCACACCCUACCCUUACCAUAGCCAUCUCGAACACCAACAGGAAGAGAACACCACAUAGAGAUACAGUUUUCUAUAACUGGAGAGAACUAGCCACUCAGGUGCUCUGCAGAUGCCUGCAAGUCUCAUCCUUGAACUACACAAUGGCCCAGAGAUUCAGGACAAGAGUCUCAUAAGAACACCCAAAACUUGAUUAGCCAAGGGAAGGCAGGAGCCUGUGAGAAAGAAGACAAGAUGGUGUCUCCAAGUCCUGGAUUUGUUAAAAAGGCUGAGAAGUGAUUCCGCUAACCUGAAGUCCUGCUGACUGAGGAGGAAAGAAAGGCACUUUGUCUGUGCUUGUCAGCCUUCAAUGUAGAGAUCAUCAGUGCAGUAGAGAGACUGCUGGGCUGUCACAUCAUUUGUACUUUUAGACUCCAUCUUGCUGCUUGUAUAGUGAAUGAAAACAGGUGGAGGAACAGGACCACUCUACCUUCCACAGCAGAGUCCUACUGAAGGGAAUUUCAUGCAAUCUCAGGGUGCGUGAGGAUGUCCACCUGGCUUUUCUCUUCUGGCCUGCACUGUUACUUAAUAAAAAGCAGCAUGUACUUCUGAUCUGUGAAAGCCAGGGACCCACAAUGUCAAGGUGAUUAUGAAUUGAUGAAGUAGAACAUUUUUCUUUUUCAUUUUAUCCAUAAGGCCUAAAGCUGAACUGGCCUUGAGGACUUGAGCACAGUAUGCAUGCCUGUAGGCCUCAAACUCUGUGACCUUACCUCAGCAGGCACACAUAUUCUGAAGAGUCUCAGGUGGGAUGAGAUACUGCUGCCUGAGGUCUGGCCUUCCAACCAGAUCCGUGUCUAUGUAGACAGUCUGAUUUGUGACCUGUGGUUAGGCAGAGGCUCACUUAUUUUUUACCAUUCAUGGAAAAAAAAAAAAAAAAACUCUCAGUACCAGGUGACUCUGGUGUGGGUAGAGAAGAACAGGGCCUGUACAUGGGAACCCACAGAGUCCCUGUCAGCAAAAUGAGUAUCUCCCAGUGACUCUAUCAUGCACCAGGCUCAACAGUCCAUCUGGCUCCACAGCACCCAGCUCAGCAGGUCCCAGGCCCAGGGGUGGCACUGGCCAGGAGUUUCCUACUUGCACCUCUGAGUGCAGGCUCAGUUGGUUUCACCAGGCCUCUCCAGACUGCUUUUGCCACGCCCUCCUCCCUCCACCCCUCCCUUCUUUCUUUUAUUCAUCUGCAUUUGAGUCACUCUUCACUGAUGUGUUGGAAAUAGCUUUUUCAUCUUACACCGUUCCACAUUUGUGGGAGAAAUGCAGUGAGAUCCAUCUGUACCUCUAAAAAGAACCUUUUCCUCUCAUGCCCAUUAGGAAAGCAUAAGGGGGGCUCCUCUGGAAAGAGCAUGUGUAUCCCAUUCCCCUGUACACGGUCCUCUUUUAACUGCUAUUAAAUAUGAGAACCUACAUACCUGUUCCAAUACCCAA